CCGCCCGAAUCCCUAAGCUCUAGGCGGCCCGGGGGCGGUGCGGCCGCGCCGGCGAUGGCGCAUAAAGCCACUGGCCACCUGCCCGACUGCUCCUCGGUGCGCCGCUGUCCCGGCCCCGUCGUGCCGCUGCGGCCUGCGUCUCCGGAGUCCCGGCCUCUGUCGUGUCCGGUGCCGUCCCCGUCCCUGGCCAGGCGCGGAGCCCUGCAAGCGCCCGGAGGGCACCAAGGCUGGCAGGCAUGGGCGGCCAAGCCAAAGCGCGCUGGGCGGCCGCGGGGGUGGGCGUCGCGGGGCUACUGUGCGCUGUGCUGGGUGCCGUCAUGAUCGUAAUGGUGCCCUCACUCAUCAAGCAGCAGGUCCUCAAGAAUGUGCGCAUCGACCCCAGCAGCCUGUCCUACAACAUGUGGAAGGAGAUCCCUGUUCCCUUCUACCUCUCUGUCUACUUCUUUAACAUCCUCAACCCCGAGGAGAUCCUGAAGGGUGAGAAGCCACAAGUGCAGGAGCGUGGACCCUAUGUCUACAGGGAGUUCAGGCAUAAGAGCAACAUCACCUUCAAUGACAACGACACGGUGUCCUACCUCGAGUACCGCAGCUACCGGUUCCAGCCCGCCAAGUCCCACGGCCUGGAGAGUGACUACAUCAUCAUGCCCAACAUCCUGGUCUUGGGUGCCUCGAUGAUGAUGGAGAACAAGCCCAUGGGCCUAAAGCUGGCCUUGACCCUGGCGUUGAGCACCCUUGGCCAACGGGCCUUCAUGAAUCGCACUGUUGGUGAGAUCAUGUGGGGCUACGAUGACCCCCUUGUGAACAUGAUCAAUAAGUUCUUCCCAGGCAUGUUCCCCUUGAAGGGCAAGUUCGGGUUAUUUGCUGAGCUCAACAACUCCGACUCUGGAAUCUUCACCGUGUUCACGGGAGUCAAAAACAUGAGCAGGAUCCACCUCGUGGACAAGUGGAAUGGACUCAGCAAGGUCAACUACUGGCAUUCUGAUCAGUGCAACAUGAUUAACGGAACUUCCGGGCAAAUGUGGGCACCGUUCAUGACUCCCAAAUCCUCGCUGGAAUUCUACAGCCCUGAGGCCUGCCGGUCCAUGAAGCUAAUAUACAAGGAGCCGGGGGUGUUUCAAGGCAUCCCCACCUUUCGCUUCGUGGCUCCCAAAACCCUGUUUGCCAAUGGGUCAAUCUACCCGCCAAACGAGGGCUUCUGCCCAUGCAUGGAGUCUGGAAUUCAGAAUGUGAGCACCUGCAGGUUUGGUGCUCCCUUGUUUCUCUCCCAGCCUCACUUCUACAAUGCUGACCCAGUCCUGGCAGAAGCGGUGAUCGGCCUGCACCCUAACCAAGAAGAGCAUUCCCUGUUCCUGGAUAUCCACCCGGUCACUGGGAUCCCCAUGAAUUGCUCCGUGAAGCUGGAGCUGAACCUCUACAUCAAAGCCGUGAAAGGCAUUGGACAAACGGGGAAUAUCGAGCCAGUGGUUCUGCCGCUGCUGUGGUUUGAAGAGAGAGGGGCCAUGGAGGGCGAGCCGCUCCGUACCUUCUACACCCAGCUGGUGUUGAUGCCCAAGGUGCUGCACUACGCGCAGUACGUGCUCCUAGCCCUGGGCUGCAUGCUGCUGCUCGUUCCCGUCGUCCACCAGAUCCGGAGCCAAGGUCCCGAGGAUGGCGGGAGCAGGCCAAGCCUGGCCACCGGGCCGGAGCAGCCCCCUGGCCCCUACACCCCACUCCUGCAGGAGUCUAUGCAGCCUGCCAGUCCCAAAGCCUGAGCCCCCAGCUGCCACACCUGUCUGCACAUCGCAUACACGCCCCGGCACAUGUGCACACACAUGCACAGGCGUGCACAGACACACUCAGGGAUGGAGCUGCUGCCGAAGGGACUCAGGGAACAAGCACUGUUCUGGAACCUUUUCUCCAAGUGACCCCCAGGCCUGACCGUGGGUGCUAUAGGUGUUGUGUCCUCUCCCUUGGGUGAGCCUGGCCCCUUCAGCCACUGGGUCCUGGCUCUUGAAGACACCCACCAUCUCUGGGGGUCUCCCUCCCCAUCAGGACAAACCUUGCAGCCCCAGCCUGGUAGCUCAGGCCUCUUAUUCCCAGGCCAGGGCGCUGUCCUGGAGGUCCUGGCUGGAUGUGCAGGCUUCCUGUGCCAAAGCCAGGUGGGCAGGGGCCAGGGACUCACGGCUCAGGCUGUGACCAUGAGCUUCCUCCAAGGUCUGCCUGCCUAGAUCCCGCCUCAGAAAAUGGUGUGAGCACAGGAUGCCUGGGGCAGCUUCUCCAGUGGUCUCUGCUCACUCUCUGGCAGGACGCUGGAUGUUGGAGGCCCUUUUCCUCCAGCCUAAACUGGCAUCGUCCUGUACACUGAGCUGGCCACUCCCUGGCUGCGAUGGUAGCAGCCUGUGCCCUGAGCUGCCUCCCUUCAGGGUCCCUCAGAUUUUAGGUGCCAGCAUGGAGGGAGGUGGGGAGGCCUUGGAGGCUCACCGCCUGGAUACCUCCCCUGGGAUAGGGCGUGACCCUGCUCUCCAGUGCUCCUGGAUCUUGGGACAAGCCUCUGUUGUCCCUUUUCUACUGGAAGAUAAAUGAAUUUUAUCAUCUUUUAAAAAAAUAAUUCACUAUUGAAGUAAUAAACCUUUAAAAAAAAUUGAA